GCCAGUCACAACCCUGCAAUCAAAUCUUCCCAUGAUCGCUUGAAUGGCCGGAUUGAAACAUGGCUGCUCAGGCAACGCCACAGCAGGCCAUUCCUGUUGGCAAAAAGGGCCGGGUUGAACUGCAACCGCCAUCACAUACAUGGAUCUCUUGGGGUGUCCUCUUUGCCUACCUGGCAGUUUUUGUUGAAGGAGUCGCGCUCUUGGCGGGCAAUCAUGGUCCAGAAAUCCUGCCACGCUUAGGCGCAGCCCAGUUUCACCUCUGCAGCAUUUACGUGCUUGAGGUGGCUAUCGCCUUGGGCCCUGGCUGGUGUGCGAUGUCACCUGGCUGGACUUGUGGCGAGCUGAUCGCGCACCACGUUCCGUACACGUUUACGGUGAUGCUAUGCUUCGCUCUCAAUCAGCAGCACAAGUGGAUUCUGCCGCUGGUUGUGGUCCUUCUCACGCCCUUGAAUGAGGGCCUUUUUAUCAUCAACAGUCUUGGAGCCCCAGGCUGGGUUUCAAAAGUGCGGCGAUUUUACGGUUUUCUCAUCAUUGCUGAAAGCUCAGAGCCAGCGCAGGUGCAUGGUAUUGUCAUUUGGACAAUGGUGAUCUUUCCUCUCAAAUCUUGGAGUCAUUUUUCUGUCUGACUGACUCAUUUUUUGUCCUUUGCAUGUUGCAUCUCUAGUUCCCAUGCAUCCGACAAGUUCUGAGAGAAGAAUGAAUCAGGGAAGACGGACUUGCUGGAGCCAGCCAUGUCCUCCCCAAAUCCAGCAUAAUCCAGCUACCUUUCAUUUACUGUCUCACUGUAAUUGUCCUGCGGCCCUCAAGUGGAACCUGAGCAGCUGGAGGCCUUGAAGGGAAUGUUUAGUCUCGUCGCCUGCUUUGUAUCAAUGCCACUUCAGGCCCUUUUGAUUUUGUCGGAGAUCCAUACGUGGAUGAAAGCCACAGGCUUAGAGUCGGAGUGGGUCCAGCUUAGUCGUUUUUGAGCCAUCACGCCACACUUUGGGCCAUAGCCGUUGGGAAAGCCGUAACUUGACACCUGGUCACCUGAACCAUGUCAUUCUCUCGGCAGUUUCGAGGAAGGCAGGGUAUUGCGAUUGGGAAGGCAGGCAAGCUGUCUUGCAACGUUGCUGUCAAAUGUCCCACGAGGUGAUGCAGCAGCACUGGGCAGCAGCCCAGGGAAGAACGAUGUGCAAAUUGAAAAUUACAGCACGAACGAUCGGAUGCGUAGAUCGUUUUUGAGGCAGACAAUGCGUUAUUGAUGCUGAUGCUCGAUCAACUUGUUUUCCCUGCUAUCUACUACCACUUCAACCUGCUGUUGAUGUACCUCAAGAGAUGGAAAAAGACAAGGAGCUUCUGAAGUAGCCAGCGUGUAUCACGCCUGUGUAGCAGGUUCUGAGGAUGGACUGUGCAAAAA